AUGAUUCCGUCGCAACCCCUCCCACUCGCCGAAGAGUGGACGGAUCCGGAUGCCUACGUCGAGGCCCUCCUAUCCUUCGCCAAUUCUUCCGCCAUCUUCAGGCAUCUUUGCGGCGGUGUACACAUCCUCGAUUUCCUGACCCGAGAACCUGACCUGUAUACCUCGCUAUUGCCGGAACACUGGAGGACCUUUUUCGACCAGCAUGAUAUUCAAGACAUUCUGGACUUGCUUCUGCGGGAUGACAUCCGACCUCUGUUAGACCAGAGUCGGGAGGCUGCUGCGCGUGGCGGCGAGUCAACUGCACAGUGGCGCGGGGCGCCUCUGCCUCCCUUGGACCUAUUGGAGUAUAUCCAUCAGAUCCGUCGACUGAGUCUGGGGCGGGAUUUCACCCCCGCGCAGCCCGGAACGCCGACGAUCCCGAGGAAGAUCGCGGUUGGCAUGAAUGUCAAGAAGUAUCACGAGGUCGCGCACUUUUCGAAAUACGUCGAUUCCCUCUGUGCUACGGUGGAUGAACAACGGGGCGAUCCGAUCACACACAUUGUCGAUUUCGGUUCGGGCCAGAGCUACCUCGGACGGACGCUUGCGUGUGCUCCCUACAACAGACACAUCGUUGCCAUUGAGCGGAAGCAUCAAUUCAUCAGCGGCGCGAAGGGGAUGGAUAUCCAUGCGAAGCUGCAGGAGAAGAAACGCGUCAACAUGUACAAUAAGAAACUGGUCAACUGCAAGACUUGUGCAGAACCGGAUGCGCCUGCAGAGACCGAUGCCGAUCGUCAAGAGUCCGCCAAUGUGAAGGCGGAUGCUACAGAGGGCCCAAGCGAUGCGGCAGGUGGUGAAGAGGAUAUGGCCAUGAUCAACGUCUUCCGUGAUAUCAGUCUCGCACCUGGCGAGAUUGGGUUCGCUCCUUACCGCAAUGUCCCGAAAACUGCCACCGAAGAGGAAGUCGAUCCGGAGAAACCUCGAGGUAAAAUGGACUACAUCGAGCAUGAGAUCAAGGACGGUUACCUCGAGCCCAUUAUUAAAGACGUCAUCGAGACUGAGCCUGUCGAAGGGGAGACUGAAGCUCAAGGCGGAUCAAAGGAUGCUAAUGUCAUGGUCAUCUCUUUACAUUCUUGUGGCAACCUUCUCCAUCACGGAGUACGGUCUCUGACCCUGAAUCCCUCCGUUAAAGCCAUUGCUAUGAUCGGAUGUUGCUACAAUCUGGUCACUGAGAGACUGGGUCCUGCUACCUACAAGCUUCCCAUUCUCCGGUCGAUGCAUCCCCGUCUGACCAAGGAUGCCGUUGCAUACGACCCUCAUGGCUUCCCGAUGUCGAAACGCUUCGAGGUUUACGAACAUGAGAGUGGAACGGGCAUGAAGCUCAACAUCACCGCUCGCUCAAUGUCCUUACAGGCCCCGUACAACUGGAGCAAGAAAGACAGCGAAGACUUCUUCACCCGCCACUUCUAUCGGAGUCUGCUUCAACGCAUGCUUGUGGAUCGCAAGGUGGUUGCGAAGCCCAAGAACCCAGACAAUUCAGACAAUCUGUAUGAUGAAUCCACCGAACCUGAAGAUGCCGGGAACCCUCUGGUUGUAGGCUCCCUGCGGAAAUCGGCUUUUGUCUCCUUCUCCGCGUAUGCCAAUGCUGCGGUGACGAAGCUGGGUCGCGACCCAAACUUCGGCGAUAAGGUCAAGGCCGGCAUGGCAGAUCUGACCGAGGAAGAUUUCGAUCGCUAUGUGAAGGAUUACUGGUAUGCGAAAAAGAACCUGAGCGUGGUCUGGAGCUUGAUGGCUUUCAGUGCUGCUCUGGUUGAGGCCAUCAUUGUCGUUGACAGAUGGCAGUUCCUGCGGGAACACGACUCCGUGAAGGAGUGCUGGGUUGAGCCAGUGUUUGAGUACAAGGAGAGUCCGAGAAACUUGGCUGUCAUUGGAAUUAAGAAGUAA